GCCAAAAUCCAGCAUGUGCGCAUCUUAUUUUCUCCAAAUGUUCGAAAAGCGCCGGCACCCUAAUGGACCCUGCAAGGACAUACCUUGUUGCCUAUCCCCUACAUAAGAGACUUCCAUUUGUCCAUCAAUUUCUAAACGCAAAAUCUUCGAUGAGAAGAUGCUAGGGAUUUGUGCACGUCAUUUACGCUCCAACGUUCUUUCGAUUUUGCUUUUGGGUAUCAUGAAACAUACCAUGUCUCAUGAUCAUUCAUCAUUACUUCUUCACCCUGGGCUGGUAUACCACCGCCCAUAUACCCUAGGGGGCGUUUUGGAAUCUUUACUUCACUUUGCUUACUGUUUGCUCGAUGGGAGCCUGAGUCGCAUGGGUGGUUGCAUGUGUGGUACUUCGCGAGGGCAAGGUGCGUGGUCAGGCACCAACUGUUUGGGAGCAUGGUGGCUGGGCAGUGCAGGGACUGCAGCCACCAGGGACGCAGGGCAGGCAGAUCCGUCGCACAAAUCGACGUGCCGGGGUACCACCUCACACAAGACAAGAAUCAAGACGUCCAAUUCCCUGACAAUACCUACCUGAUCGCCAGAUCACCACUGUCGUGCAAUGCAUUAAACUCCUCUAUUGAUGACGUCCGAGACUGGCAAGAUUCACGAUCCGCAUUCAGGAUUGCUACAAGCAUCCCGAAACGUUAAACGCAGGGACCAUCUGUUAGUCGAAACAGCCGCUCUUUUGCUCGCGUGCCGUC